UGGACGUGGAAGCCUCCAUAUUCAUCAUGUGGGUGUGGGAGGAGCGUGCGGAAAGUAGUGGUUUUGAGCACCGCUGUGCUCCUCGUGACCCUGCUGGCUUGCAAAACGUGACCACCGGCGGGGACGGGCCCACAGGAGUAGCAGUACGCGCGCACUGAUGGGCACUAGUAGCCGCCCGUGAAGUUGAAGCCAAAUGGAAGUGCGUACGGGAAAAGGUCCAUUUUAAACCCUCGACUCGUAGACAUUCGACGAAAGGAACGCUCAAGUCGAAAUCCCGGUCGAUUGCACCUUGAACUAUAUAAUCCUGGUCUAAAUCAAACCCUGACAAAUGUCAACCAGGAUUUGUCUAGCUGGUGGGCCAAGGAGCACCUGUCCGCGCUGGGCCAGCCCAUUUAUUUUUUUGUUUGCUCAAAAAAAUCUGUCUUUUUUUUUCUGUCGCUCUUUGCUGCAGAACUGCGGACGGGAGCUCCUGACCUUCUGCGUAGGGCUCGCCUAAACGGGCGAACGUACGGAAUAGAAAUUAACGAACUAAAAAGUUGUGCCGUAAAAUUCAAAAAAGAAAAGUUUUUGUGCCGACGGAGGGAUUCGAACACGCGACCUUUCGCUGGAUAGAUGCGACGCCAGCCAGUGCAGCUAGGGAUUGGGAAAGGUACUGUAGUACAGCGUAAAUUUAAAGUAGUACGGUCAGCGACAGAUCCUUUUUUGAAAUAUUCGUUCAAAAACAUGAACAAUGUUUUCUUGAAGAAAUUUAAAACUCAAACAAACUGCUAAAUCGUGAACAAUUAUUGAAAAAAUGAUUAAAAAAUUUAUAUACGACAAACGAUUUUCAAAUAUAAAUUGAAUAAUUUUUAGGUGUACGAUGACCAAUUUUUAACUACACAGCGAAUACUUUUCUGAUAUACAUUGAAAUAAUUUAAAACAUAUUAUACAUUUUUGUGAUAUACGAUGAACAAAUUUUAUACACUGCACAUUUUUGUAAUAUAAUUUGAACAAUUUUAACUGACAAACCAUUUUUGUGAUUAGUCACUGAAAUUUUUUGUGAUAUGCGCUGAAAAAACAUUUAAAUACCCGUUGAAUUUUUUUAUGUACAAUGAACAAAAUUUUCAGUGAGUAAUCACACUAGCUACCUACUCAGUACGUCUAUAUUGCAGUGCCAAUUUUAAAGUACAAUGUAUCGCGACAAAUUUCUUUUUUCUUCAAAGUUUUCAACAAUUUUUGGAAACAAAUGUGGUUUUUUAAAUACAUUGAAUUCUUUAAAAAUAUACUUUGAACAUUUUUUACAUACAUUGAAAAAAUUAAACAGCACCAGCACGGGGUCGCAUGUUCAAGGCACACCAUGCGCUCUUUUAACAAAAAAAAAACAAAAGCGGGCCGGCCCAGCAAAAGCAACGUGUAGCGCCCUUUGUGAAAUUUUAUUUCUUAACAGAAAAAGAUAAAGCGGGCCGGCCCAGCGGGGUGGAGGUGUGUGCCCUCAGCGAAAUCCCAGUAAUCCCGGCCAUCCAAACGACUCGAAGGUUUGAUUUAGACCAGGAUUGCAUAGUUGAGGGUACAAUCGACCGGGAUUUUGACUUGAGGGUUUGUUUCGUUGACGACGACAUGCACGCAUGAGUGAACAAGACAGUAGCAGUGCAGCACUGCCUUCCUUGGCUCCAUGCGCAUGCAUUGCAUGCAUCAAGAUUAACGCAGCAGUAAACUAGUUAAUGUCGGCAAUUUAUACAAAUAAAUACUACAUAGCACACUAAUGAGGAUAAAAUAAUGGAAAGAUUUUGUAAAGCGCAUUGAGAUCGUGCCUCCUAACUCAGCGCCACCCCAAGGCACGGCCGGUCUGGGUUGGAUCUUCUUCUUCUUCCUCCUCCUCCCAUCCUAUCCUAUAAAUAGAGCGAGAGGUGGAUGUUCGUCUCACAACCCAAUCCCCCAUUCCCUUCCGGCUUCCGCUCCCUCCUCCAGACAACAGAGACAGGGACACAGAUCUCUGUCUCCACUCUCUCUCUCUCGAGAGCAGCAGCAGCAGCAGCAAUGGCGUCGCCGCUCCCCUUCCAUAUCCUGUGCUUCGCCGUCCUCCUGGCGGCGACGGCGGCGUCGGCGCGCCGCCACGCGCCGCCGCAGGCGGGCGCGGCGGGGCAGAGCACCUACAUGGCGCCCAGCUGCCGGGAGCACACGGCGUCGCUGACGGACUUCGGGGGUGUGGGCGACGGCAACACCUCCAACACGGCGGCGUUCCGCAAAGCGGUGGAGCACCUGUCGCAGUACUCGGGCGAGGGCGGCGGCGGCGGCAUGCUCUACGUGCCCGCCGGCCGGUGGCUCACCGCGCCCUUCAACCUCACCAGCCACUUCACGCUCUUCCUCCACGCCGACGCCGUCAUCCUCGGGACGCAGGACGUGGCCCAGUGGCCGGUCAUCGACCCGCUGCCCUCCUACGGCCGCGGCCGGGACCACGCCGGGGGGCGGUACGCGAGCCUCGUGUCCGGAUCCAACCUCACCGACGUGGUGAUCACGGGGAACAACGGCACCAUCGACGGGCAGGGCGCCACGUGGUGGUCCAAGUACAAGUCCGGCAAGCUCAAGUACACGCGCGGCUACCUCAUCGAGCUCAUGCACACCGACGGCGUCUUCAUCUCCAACGUCACGCUCGUGAACUCGCCGGCGUGGAACAUCCACCCGGUCUACAGCCGCAACAUCGUCGUGUCCGGGGUGACCAUCCUGGCGCCCACCAAGUCGCCCAACACGGACGGCAUCAACCCGGACUCGUGCUCCCAGGUGCGCAUCGAGGACUGCUACGUCGUCUCCGGCGACGACUGCGUGGCCAUCAAGAGCGGCUGGGACGAGUACGGCAUCGCCGUCGGCAUGCCCAGCGAGCACAUCGUCGUGCGCCGCCUCACCUGCGUGUCGCCCACCAGCGCGGUGAUCGCGCUCGGCAGCGAGAUGUCGGGCGGCAUCCAGGACGUGCGCGCCGAGGACAUCACCGCCAUCGGGACCGAGUCGGCGGUGCGGAUCAAGACGGCGGUCGGGCGCGGCGCAUACGUGCGCGACGUGUACGCGAGGAGGAUGCGGCUCGACGGCAUGAAGCGCGUCUUCUGGAUGACCGGUGACUACAAGUCCCACCCCGACGACGGCUAUGACAAGACCGCCGUGCCGGUCGUCGAGAACAUCAGCUACCAGGACGUGGUGGCCACCGGCGUGUGGAAGGAGGCCGCAAGGAUGCAGGGCAUCCAAGGCGCGCCCUUCAAGGGCAUCUGUAUGGCCAACGUCACCGCUGAGAUGACCAAGGAGAGGAAGGUGUCAUGGAACUGCGUCGACGUCGAGGGCGUCUCCGCGGGCGUCACCCCGGCGCCUUGCGCGCCGCUGCAGGGCACCCACGCCGGCUCCUGCCCGUUCCCCACUGACACGCUCGCCGUCGACAAGAUCGCCGUGCAGCAGUGCUCAUACUCCAUCGCUUCCCCUGCUGCUUCUUCAGUGGCUGGGACAGGGUAGCUCAACCAUACCGUAUACAGUAGUAUCCAGCUGCUUGCUGCACCAAGUGAUGAGGCUAUUGGAUCUCUAAGUGAGAACUGUAACAAUAAGGAGCGUGUUGGUAACUUUAGAAGUAAAAAAGGUUGUUGUGGGUAACAUACUUACUGUUUCAAUGCAAACAGAGUUGCAAAUUCAGAAUUGUUGCUUUGUUGUAA